GUUUGAUUAUUUAUUUAACUAUUUAUUAAUUUAUUUAUUUCCCCCUGCCAGUAAUGGCUGGGGUCCAUGGCUGCGGCUGCUGAGAGGCAGGUGCAAUAUUAUCGACGGGGGCAUUUGGUUCCUCGGCAUGGACUCAGCGAGGGCCGAUCCACAGGCUGGCCCACUGCACGCCCGCUGAGAUCAGAUGCUCUCUGCCGGAGGAGAGCGAUAGCAGGGCCGCGUCUGGAGGCGAUACGACGGGCUGGCCGUGGAGGAGGAGGGGGCCCUCUUUACAUCAAAAUAUAAAUAUAUUUUCACUACCGAGCUCAAGGUUAUACACCGUCACACAGCAACAGCCAGUUGAAGUAAAUAUGCGCUGCUGCAAAAUGGCAUAGUGUUUUUUUAUUAUUAUUAUUAUUUCUAUUUGAGGAAAGACUGUGAUUGCAUGCCCCCCUUCUCCUGUGCUGACCGGAUCCAAAACCUGUAACGGUCUCGCCUUAUAGGCCUUAAAAAACUGUUUGAGCGCAGCCUCCUCAUCUGGAAAACAGAAGCCGGCUCCAGCUGCCAAGAUGAUGGAGCUGCAGAUAGACGAGGUGGUGUAUCAGGACGACUACGGCUCCGGCUCCGUGAUGUCGGAGCGGGUGUCGGGCCUGGCCAACAGCAUCUACCGGGAGUUCGAGCGGCUGAUCCGCAGCUAUGAUGAGGAGGUGGUGAAGGAGCUGAUGCCGCUGGUGGUGAACGUCCUGGAGAACCUGGACGCGGUGCUGACCGAGAACCAGGAGCACGAAGUGGAGCUGGAGUUGCUGAAGGAGGACAACGAGCAGCUCAUCACGCAGUAUGAAAGGGAGAAAGCGCUGCGCAAGCAGGCAGAGGAGAAAUUCAUUGAAUUCGAGGAUGCGUUGGAAGCUGAGAAGAAGGACCUGCAGAUACAGGUGGAGUUUCUGGAGCUGCAGGGGAAACAGCUGGAGCUCAAGACAAAGAACUAUUCUGAUCAGAUCACUCGGUUGGAAGAGAGAGAAUCAGACAUGAAGAAAGAGUACAACGCUCUGCACCAGCGCCACACUGAGAUGAUUCAGACGUACGUCGAGCACAUAGAGCGGUCCAAAAUGCAGCAAGCGGGGAGCAACAGCCAAUCAGAUGGCCCCGGCUGUGGACGAACUCAACGCCACACAUGGAGGAAAAGCAAAGCGGAGCGCCCGCCGUCAUUGAGCCUGUACCCCAGUGGCGAGGGCAUGGUACGUGGGGGUCUCGGGGUGGCUAAGAUGAUGCCAGGGAAAGACAUCUGGCAGGUCAGCGAGCUCAGCCAGUCGGCCUUCAGCUCCGCCUAUCAGGAGGAUGGAUCAGAGUCCGACUCAGUGGCGGCCACACCCAGCAGCACAGGCAGCAAGUCCAACACACCCACCUCCUCCGUCCCCUCCGCCACCGUCACCCCCAUCAACGAGGGCUUCCUCCCGCAAUCUGAGUUUGAGGGAGUACGAGCUGGGAACCGCAGGAAAAGUGCCAAACGGCUCAGCCGGAACAUGGAGGUGCAAGUUUCCCAGGAAACCAGAAAUGUCAGCAUCGGCAUGGGAAGCAGUGAUGAGUGGUCUGAAUUUCAGGAGAUCAUCGAUUCUACUCCUGAGCUGGACAUGUGUGUGGACCCCCGUGUGUAUGGAGGCGGAAACAGCCCCUCUCAGGGCAUAGUGAAUGAGGCCUUCGGCAUCAACACGGACUCUCUCUACCACGAGAUCAAAGAUGCCAAGUCGGACAUCAUUGGAGAUGUGGAUGCAGGCGCCGAGCUGCUAGGCGAGUUCUCAGGGAUGGGCAAGGAGGUGGAGAACCUGCUGACAGAGAACAAACAGCUCCUAGAGACCAAAAAUGCUCUCAACAUUGUGAAAAACGACCUUAUUGCCAAAGUGGACGAACUGUCAGGAGAGCAGGAGGUGCUGAAGGAGGAGCUAGAGGCGGUGAGGCAGUCCAAGAACAAGGUGGACGCCAGAGUGAAGGAGCUAGAGGAAGAACUGAAGAGGUUAAGAGCAGAGGCUCUCGGAUCGUCUCGGGACUCCAAGGAUGAAGGACCUGAUGAUUUUUCAUCACCCAUGCAGGAUGGUGACAUGACAAUGACCCAGCGGCGGCGGUUCACUCGGGUGGAGAUGGCCCGUGUCCUGAUGGAGAGGAACCAGUACAAAGAGAGGCUGAUGGAGCUGCAGGAGGCCGUACGGUGGACUGAGAUGAUCAGGGCGUCCCGGGAGGGUCCUCAGAUCCAGGAGAAGAAGAAGUCCACCAUCUGGCAGUUCUUUGCACGUCUCUUCAGCACAUCAUCCAGCCCUCCGCCUGUCAAGCGGCCAUACUACAGCGUCAACAUCCACUACAAGUCUCCAUCACCGGCUGGUUUCUCUCAGCGACGCAGCCACACCAUGUGUCAGAUCUCCACCUCCAACCGCACACUGGAGUUCUUCCCCGAAGAUGACUCGGCACUGUUGGCCCGCCGAGAGCAGCGGCGUGAACAGUACCGGCAGGUCCGAGAGCACAUGCGCCGCGAUGAUGGUAUCAUGCAGGCCUGUGGCUGGAGCGUGCCGUCUCGCUUUAAACAGACUGGUGGUCAGACGGACAGCGCUCAGGACAGCCCGCUGAAGAGAACACAGACCACCAAUGAGAAAGAGGACAACCGCAUGAAGAAUGUUCCCGUCCCGGUGUAUUGUCGCCCUCUGGUGGAGAAGGACCCCAACAGAAAGCUGUGGUGUGCAGCCGGAGUGGACCUAGCAGGAUGGAGGGCCAUCAGCCAGGAGUCGGUACCAGCCAAGGCAGUGUCAGGCAAUGGCGACCCCCUGCAUGCUGAGGAAGAGGGAGGUGACAAGAAGAACAGCCACAACUCCCCAGAGAAGAGGAAGUCGAAGGAGCUCCAGGAAACAGACACCAUGAGCAGCCGAGUGUGGAUCCUUACCAGCACCCAUUCUGCCAGCAAGGUGGUCAUCAUCGACGCCAACCAGCCAGGCUCACUGGUCGACCAGUUCAACGUCUGCAACGCUCAUGUGCUCUGCAUAUCCAGUGUGCCAGCUGCCAGUGAGAGUGACUAUCCAGCAGGAGAGAUUGUGUUGGAUCCAGGUGAUGGAGGUGCAGGAGGAGGUGAGGACACCGGCAGUGUGGAGGGCAUGUUGGCUGGUAUCACGCUAGUGGGCUGCGCCACUAACUGCAGUGUUGCUCGUAGCAAUUGCUCCUCACGCACUGACACUCCCAUAAUGGACAAAGGACAAGCCCCUGCUGCACCCCCUAUGAAUGGAAAGAUUCACCCCGCCCAGUCGGCUGAGGAAGCCACCGAGGCCACCGAGGUUCCAGAGUCGACGGCCAGCCACACAAUGGGAUCUGGACCUCCGGGUCCGUUCACUGAGCACGUCUUCACUGAUCCCCCGUCUCGUUCAGCAGACACCUCUGACAGGGGCACAGGUCAGUCCAAAGAGGAAACGUCUGUGCCACCAGAGACGGAGGAUGGAGGCGAAGAGGCCAAAAACUACACAAGCGUGGCCCCCACCAUGUGGCUCGGGGCCCAGAACGGCUGGCUUUAUGUCCACUCAGCAGUUGGAAACUGGAAGAAAUGUCUCCACUCCAUCAAACUCAAAGACUCAGUGCUCAGUCUGGUGCAUGUGAAGGGUCGUGUGCUAGUUGCCCUCGCUGAUGGGACUCUUGCCAUAUUCCACAGAUCAGAGGAUGGCCAGUGGGAUUUGUCUAACUACCACCUCAUGGACCUCGGCCGCCCUCAUCACUCCAUCCGCUGCAUGGCUGUGGUCCACGAUAAAGUGUGGUGCGGCUACAAGAACAAGAUCCAUGUCAUUCAGCCCAAGAGCAUGCAGAUUGAGAAGUCCUUCGACGCCCACCCUCGCAGGGAGAGCCAGGUGCGGCAGCUGGCGUGGAUCGGCGAUGGUGUGUGGGUGUCGAUCCGGCUAGACUCAACCCUGCGACUCUACCACGCACAUACACACCAGCACCUCCAGGAUGUGGAUAUUGAGCCAUACGUCAGCAAGAUGCUGGGUACUGGCAAGCUGGGCUUCUCUUUUGUGCGAAUCACAGCUCUUCUGAUCGGUGGAAAUCGUCUGUGGGUAGGGACCGGAAACGGUGUGAUCAUCUCCAUUCCACUGACAGAGACCAAUAAAGUCUCUCCUACAUCCUCCGGUGGAGUGAUCCAUGUGUACAGUGAUGAGGGCUCUGAGAAAAGCAGCGGCAGCUUCAUCCCCUACUGCUCCAUGGCACAGGCCCAGCUCUGUUUCCAUGGACACCGUGAUGCUGUCAAGUUCUUCGUCUCUGUGCCUGGUAACGUUCUGGCCACCCUGAACGGCAGUGUGCUGGACAGUCCAUCAGAGGGGCAGGGCUCCACAGCGCCCCCAGAGACGGAGGCCCAGAGUGUUCAAAACGUGUUGGUGCUGAGUGGAGGAGAGGGAUACAUCGACUUCCGUAUAGGCGAUGGAGAGGACGAUGAGACGGAGGAAGGAGAGAGCGCCGUGGUUCCACAGAUCAAACCUGCUUUGUGCAAAGCCGAGCGGAGCCACAUCAUCGUCUGGCAGGUGUCUUACGUACCUGAGUGACACCUGGAUUUGCUUUAAUGCUUCUCCCACCCAUCUCCUUAAAAAAACAAAAACAUCUCCUCUCCCCAAAAGCUUCCAGCCACACAAACCUUGUAAUUAUCCCCGGUCAUGUAAAAGUUCACCCUCGGCUCUAAAACGACCCUCCAAGCUGUGUAUCGUCCCCUUGUAACUAUUAUACCCCCUCCUGCCCCCGUCACCUUGUAACUUUAAUGCCUUGUAAGUACCUCCUCUGACCUUGUAAUCUGCCUGCCAUCCUGUUUCUGUCCCACCCAGGGCAUUGUAACUAUCUCCAUGAGCCUUGUAACCCGGCCUCAUAACUACCUCCCACCUCUGUAUCGAUCUUAUAUUCACCCUGUAAGCACACCGUAUCUCCUUCUAUAUUUACCUUAAUUGUCCUGCAUCUGCCCCAGAGUUACUCUUCCUCUUCCUCCAUUUAGUUUGUCAUCUGUGAAGCCUCCACUUUGUCUUAAAGCAAAGACCAGAGCCCCCACAUGCACCAAUUGUACCAAAAAAAAAACCCUAAAAAAAAAAGAAGCAGGUGCAGCAACGAGAUAAUAAAGGUUAAAAUUUUGAGGGAAAGUGAAGAUUAAGCCGACAUGUAACAAAUGAAAAUUCAGCACAGACGUCUGAGCUUUUUUUGGCUGUCACCUGAAAUAUUUUGCACCUAGCAGUCACCUCUAUUUGAAGUGUAACCAUUAAAGACACGUUUGCUCAUUUUCUUCCCCCGAUGAAAGCCGUCAGUGCGUGGUGACAGACCUCAAACGACAGGAAAUAUCUGGUGAUAUUACGUCUAAAUGCUGGGAGUCGUGCAAACAGGGUUGUAGGAAACACAGUCGAAAGGUGUUGAUCUUAACGUGUCGAGGGGUUCGGCUCAUUUCCCUCAUCUGACUGGCUGUUGAUCGGACGGUUCGGUGUAGAGCAGGUGCACGGUGGUGGUGUGUUGUCAUUAAGUGUACAGGGAUGAUUGUAAAUCUCCAGACACGCUGAAGCCCAUCCUCUUUGUUCAGUAUGGAAAUUCAUGCAUUGAUCUCUAUCUGUGUGGAUUAAAUAUUAAACAUA